AUGAAAUUUGGUAAUAAUUUACAAUAUUUAUCAAUACCAGAAUGGAAAAGUUAUAAUAUUGAUUAUAAUGAUUUAAAAUAUAAAAUUAAACAAAUAACAAAUUCAAAUUCAAAAGAUUUAACAAAUUUAAAUAAAAGUUUUAUUGAAAAUAUUGAUUAUAUUAAUUUAUUUAUUCAAACAAAAUAUGGUGAAUUAAAUAGAAAAUUUAAAUAUUUAGAAAGAAUAUUUGAAAAUUUAAGAUUAAAAAAUAAUGAAAUUGAAAUUGAGGAGGAGGGACAUAAUGAGGGAAAUAACACAAAUAAUCUACCUAUGUCUGAAUCUUAUGAAAAUUUUAUAGAUAUUAAAUCAUUACUAAUAGAAGUUGAUGAAUUAUUCUACCAAUCUAUUGAAUUAUCAAUAAUUUUAAAAAAUUUAUCAAAAUUCAUACUAAUACAAAAAAUUGCCAUUAAAAAGAUCUUCAAAAAGUUUUUAAAAUAUUACAAGCAUAAACAAUUAGCAACAAAAUUUAUAAUGAAUAUUAAAAAUUAUUUAUUAGAAAAUCAAAAUUCUUUUAUCAACUUUGAUUUAACAAAUUUAACUUUAAAACUAACAAAUUUUAUAAAUCUAAUAGAAUAUGAGAGGAAAAUUCUACAAACUUUUAAUCAAGAUUAUCUUAAUUCCCAGACCACUGGAAACAAUAAUUCAACAAAUAAUAAUCAAUUACAUAGAAAAAAUUCAUUAUUCUCAAUUGCAUCUACAUUAAAUUCUUCCGAUUAUCAAAAUUCAAUAUUACCAUCAAAAUAUUGUGGAAAUAGUAAUCAACAACAAAUUCCAUCAACAAAUGGUUCAUAUUUUGAUUUAAUAAUUCAAUUAAAAAAAAAUUUUCAAUGUCAUUGUUUAAUACCAAAUGAUUUAAGUAAUGAUGUUAUAUUAAAUUUUAAUAUUUAUUUAAAUUUAAAAUGUAUAGAAGAUGAUUUAAUUUCAAUUAUUUAUUUAAAUCAUGAUUUAUUAAAUGAACCAGCAAUGAUAAUAACAAGUUCUAAAAAUUCAAAAUCAAUAAUUAUAGCUCCAACAGGUGGAUUAAGAAAAAAUUCUUAUUGUAUUUUGGAUAAUGAAAUUGUUGAAAUUUUUUUAUUACAUUUAAAAGAUAGAAGCAAUGAAUCAUAUAAAAAUAAAUUAUCAGAAUCAUUUCAAAAUUCAAGUCAAUUAACUAAAAAAACUAUAAAUUUUAUAAUAUCUAAUAAUUAUUUACCGACUUCAAGAUUAAUUUGUAAAAGAUCAAGAUUUAAAAUUGAAAAAUUUGAUAAUGAAGAUGAUGAAAACCACCAAGAAUUUGAAAUUAAUAGUACAACAAAUACAAAUCAAGAUGAAAAUGAUUACUAUAUUGCUUUAAAUAGUGAUAUUUAUACAACAAAUAAGCCCGUUUUCAUAAAUACAAUAAAUUUCCCGCAAACAUUUGAAAAAUUUGAUAUUUUCCCACAUAAUCAUUUAGGAAUUUAUUCAAAUGAUAUAAAUCUUUUUGAAUUUGAAUCAUCAUUAACAACAAAAAUUGAUAAAAAUGGUAUUAUUUCAAAUGAAUUUCAUUUAAUUUAUUUAAAAAAAUUUCCAAAAAUUUUAACAAUUAUAUUAAAUAAUAAUUUUAUAAAUUUAUAUAAAAAAUUUAAUUUUUAUCAAUAUCAAUUAAGUUGUUAUUAUAAUAUUAUACCAAAUAAUGAAUUUAUAAAUAAUCAUUAUUCAAAUUUAUUAAAUUUAAAUUUAUUAAAAAAUUUUGAAAAUGUUUCAGUUAAUAAUCAACAAUUAAAUGAAGAAGAAAAUAUAAUAAAAAGAAAAUCAAACAAUAUAAUAAAACAUAAGUUAUCAAUUCAAUCAAUUCAAAAUCAAAAAUCACAAUUAAAGCCUUCUAAAAAUAGUUUUGGAUCAAGUAUAUUUGAACAAGUUGAAAAUGUUCAAUCAUCAUGUGGAAGUUUAUCACCACAAGAUAUAAAUUUUACAGAUGAUGAAGAAGAUAUAAUAGAAAUUUCAAAAUUAAAAUCCGGUUCCAAACAAGAAUUUAAUCAAAUUAAUAAAAUUUUUGAAUCAAUUUAUAAUUUAAAACAAAAAUUUUUUAAUAUGAAUCCAAUAAAUGAAGAAAAAAAUCAAUAUCAAAUUUAUGAAAAUCCAUUUUAUAAUAAUUUUAAUAAUAAUGAAGAAAUAGAUCCAUAUACUAAGCUACUUAGUAUAAUGCACAACCAAAAUUAUCAAAACAAUUCAACUUAUGAUUCAAUAAAUGAAGAACCUAUUGGAUAUUUACAAAGAAAUGAAUUUAAAUUACAAUAUGAAAUAAAUUAUGAUAAAACAUUAUCAUAUAUUUAUUUUUCAUUAAAUAUUAUAUCAUUAUUUUUAAUGGGUAUACAAUUAGGAAUAAUUUAUUCAAUUUAUAAUAACUUAGAUGGCAACAACAACUACGAUAAUUCAUUUUUGAUAAGAUAUAAUUUAAAUCUUUUUAUAAUUUUAAUUUUUGGAAUGUUAAUAAGUUUAUUAUUUAAUUUAAUUUCUAUAAAUUUAUUAUAUUAUAGAUUUCAAAAAGGUAAAAAAUUUCAUUAUUUGGUUAUAUGGUUGGGGUUUGGUAUUAAUUUAAUUGGUUGUUUUUGGAAUUUUUAUUUAUUAUUAAGUCAUUUUUAA